CUCCCGAAGACAACCACAAUGUUGCCCCACUCUCGACAGCGACCAUGAAGUAAAGUAUAUGAAGCUUCCAGCUGUGUUGCAAGACUGCCAUUGCAAGAGCCAUCUACAGUAUCAUCACCAUGCCUUCCGCUCAGCUAGAAACAGGCAAGAUUGUUCGCCCGAAGAACAAGGAUGACUCGCCCCUCUACCCAGAAUACAUGCCAUUCUACGACCCCCUCGAAAAAGUCGAGGACAUCGGAGAAUUCGAGCACCAUGAUCCAGGCCACCGAGCUGACCCUUCCAUGCCAAAUUUAUUAAAAGGCGCCAAGCUCUGGGACAUCUCUCCCCACGUCGGUACAGAGAUCACUGGCAUCCAAUUGUCGCAAUUAAACGAAGCUGGACUUGAUGAAUUAGCACUCCUCGCAGCUCAGCGCGGCGCUCUGGUUUUCCGAAACCAGGAUUUUGACGGGAUUGGAUUCGAGGCGCAGAAGAGGAUCGUGAGGCAUUUUGGGCCGUUGCAUGUUCAUGGGUGGGCGCCGCAUCCGGUGGCGGGGAGUGAUGAGCAUAUGAUUAUUUAUGAUCAUAAGGAUGAUCUCCGCGUGAGGAAGUCGUGGGCGGGGAGAAGUCCUGUGCAGUGGCAUACGGAUCAGAGUCCGGAGGCUCAGACGCCUGGGACUACGUUUAUCUGUAUGCUAGAGUCGCCGUCGGCUGCGGGUGGGGAUACGUUGGUCAGCUCUAGUGUGCAGGCGUAUAAGAGUUUGAGCCCGAGGUUCAGGAAGAGGUUGGAGGGGUUGACGGCCAUUCAUUCUAAUACUGAUGGGGUGGUUGCUGAGAAGAAGAAUGGGGAGAAUGCUGUUAUGCGGAGAGGGGUUUUGCAGUCUGAACAUCCGAUUGUGAUUGUGCAUCCUGUUACCAAGGAGAAGGCGUUGUAUGUCAAUCCCGUCUACACGAAGAAAAUCGUCGGUUACGAUCAAGAGGAAUCGGAUUGUAUCCUGAGAUUCCUAUUCGACCACAUUGCGAAGAGAGCAGAUUUCCAGUGUCGAGUGAGGUAUGAGGCUGGGACCGUUUUAGUUUGGGAUCAGAGAGUUACGAAUCAUUCCCAGACGCUGGAUUAUCCUGUUGGUGAAAGGAGGCAUGUGUUUAGGUUGACGCCGUUGGCUAAUAAGCCGAUCCCGGCUGCUGUUGAGGAGGAUGAUGAUGGAGAGUGUCAGAGGGAUGAAGCGAGGGUGCAGUUGAAUCUUUGUUAGUUGAGGUAAUUUUUUGCGUAUAAUGCCAAUAUUGGAUCUACAGGGUUUGCGAGUACACUGUAGAUAUGGGAACCAAUAUCACAAACAUCUCAUGCAUUGGUUACUGUAUUAUUACCUGUACUUAAUGAGAAGUGAGCUAGC